UUUUUUAACAGUGUGACAACUAUAAUAUAUUUACUUAAUGAUUUCAACAUUUAUGAUUAAAUUAUCAGAAUGAAAUAUAGUGAAAUGGCAACUGAUAUUGCACGAGGUGGAAUAGAAGCUCUGCAUAUUGCUGAGGGUAUUGCUCGAAUUUCUUCAAAAUCAGAAGAUCAUUUAGAUACACGGUGGAAUGUGGGCGUAAAUAAUAUGAAAACAUUUGAUGCCGUUGUUUUUGAUGUUCUUAAAGUUAUGCCAGAAGAUUUUGCUAGUCAAUUAACUUUAAUGGAUAUGGAUGUUUUUAAGACCAUUCAACCAGAGGAACUUACAAGCUGUGCAUGGAAUAAAAGAGAGAAAUUAACUUCAGCACCCAAUGUUGUAGCUUUUACACGAAGAUUUAAUCAUGUAACAUUUUGGGUAGUACAAGAAAUACUUUCAAGUCAAACACCAAAACAUAGAGCAGAAAUAAUGACUCAUUUCAUCAAAGUUGCUAAAAGAUUACAAGAAUUAAAUAAUCUUCACUCAGAAUUUGCCAUUAUUUCAGCUCUACAAAGUGCUCCCAUUUUCAGAUUGACAAAGUCAUGGGCUCAAAUUUCAAAGAAAGAUAAAUCAACCUUUGAUAAAUUAGCUGAGAUCUUCUCAGAUAAAAAUAAUUUCGAAAAAUUACGAGAUCAUAUGGGAAGUCUGAAAUUACCUUGCAUACCAUAUUUAGGUUUAUUUUUGACAGAUUUAGUUUACAUUGAUUUGGCUCAUCCUGCAACACAAGGUUUAGAUAAUCAUCAAAGACAAAUGCAAAUGAACAAUAUAUUAAGAGUUAUAGCUGAUUUUCAACAAUCUACCUAUGAAAAUCUACAUGUUUUACCUCAUAUAUGGAAUUAUUUAAAAUCAGUUAGAUAUAUAGAAGAACUUCAAAAGUUUGUUGAAGAAAAUAAUUAUAAGAUAUCUUUAAAAUUAGAACCUCCUAUAACUCAUCAUAGUCUUAGUCAAAGUAGAGAAGAUUUGUAUAGUUCAGGAAAAUUUCAACUUGAAUGUAAAAGUAGUUUACAAGUACCUGGUCAACUGCUACCUGGUUCCUCUAGAUCUAUGCCUGGACAUUGUGGUCCAAAAUUUGUGCCAGGACACAGAAAAGCUCACAGUUUAGGAACAAAUGUUUUUACACCUUGUGCCCUUGAUAAUGAAAGUUCUAAAUGGGGAACAUCCAAUGGGCGACACCUUUUAGAUGAUAGUGUUUUAGAAGAUACGCCAAUGUUAAGUAGGCAGUGUUCUGUUAAUAGUACUGCUGCUUGUGAAAAUGAAGAAAUUGAAACUUGGGCUGAAGAAUUAUUUGUGCCAUUAAAAUAUAGUGGAUCUGAUGAUUUCUUAUCAGCAACUGCUGAUUCCUCUGCUACUCAUCAAGGAUGUCUCCGUCGCAAAACAAUUUUGAAAGAGGGAAGAAAACCAGCUGUAUCUCCAUGGAUGCGAUAUUGGGUAGUUUUAUGGGGGACUUCAUUAUUAUAUUAUCAACCAAAAUCUUUGCGUGGAAAUGAAAGAAGUGACUUUAAAUCAAAUCCAGGAAAAAUUACAUCUGUUGUAGGAUGGAUGGUUAUAAGCAGUGAUAAUCCCCAUCAGCCAGAUGCUUUUCAACUGACCGAUCCCAUCAAGGGCAAUGUAUACAAAUUCCGAGCAGGAAGUCAAGCCAAAGCAAUGGAAUGGUGUAAGUUUCUACAAGAUGCAACAAAACACCAUCAGGAAAAGCAGCCAGUCGAUAAUUUGAUGACCUUUGAGUGAAUAAAAAUGUACAGUGGAAAUGGAUCAAAGGACAUGUUAUUUUAUAAAAACAAAAAGGAAAAGAAAUGCAACUGAAGUUCAUUUUUGGAGAUAAUCCUAAAAUCAUCUCAAUGUGCCAUUUGUUUGUCGAAUAGGUGAUCAGCUAUAAAAGACAAUCAAGACAUAUCAUAUUUUUAAUCAUUCAAGCUUAACAAGAUGAGGUUAUGAUCCAAAGAAAAUGUGCUCAAAAAUGCAGUUUAUAUAAAAGCAAAUCACCAAAGAUUUUCUUUUUUUAGCAAAAACGAAUUUAUUCCUUCAUUUAAAGACAUUGCUCAUUAUUCAGAUCAACCAAAGUGUUUUCGUAAACAGUUUUUGAUGGAUCAACAAGUACUCAUUUGUGUUGCAAAUGUUUAUAUUUCCUGAAUUCUUUGUUCUUCAUUGUUGAGAUUAAUUUUUGGCACACAUAUUAUAUAUAUAUAUGUAAUUAAUUACUCUUGCACCAUAUAUUGUUUUCACCACCAUUUAUCUUUAAAAGAAAUAGUAACUUUUAUAUGAAAACAAGUUGUGUGCACUUAUUGUAUUAUAGGAUUAUAUUUAUCAUUAGGGCUACAAAUUUUUGCAUAUUGUAAUUGUUGAUCAUUUCUUGCAGAUGACAUGCCUUAUUUCAUCUUGGUGAUUUUUCAGUGCCUUCAAUAUUAAGACAAAAAAGGGGGGAAGUUGCUUAAACUGUUGGAAAUUAGAUACAUUGUUUACUUACUGGUCUUCCCAAAAUGUUAUUGCUGUGAUAUUCCUUGUUUGUGAUGUAUCCAGUUGUUUGAAGUUUGACACUACAAAGUACAGAUGUGUUCUAUUUGGGCAGCUUGAAAUUUUCAUAUAAGUCCAUGACAAAAUAAUGCAGAAUUUUUUGCAAGUUCAAAAUACUUGUACAGAUUAAAAUGUCUCUGACAAACUGUGCUUUGUUUAUUUCCUUUACAGAUAUAUGUAGUUUCUCUGUUAUGUCUUAAUAUAUCCUACUGUCCACCUCUGUGUCGUUGUUCAAUUCAGUGAAAUUACUGCUUAAAUGUAUAGCAAGUGAAAAUUAUUUUAAUUAAAAAAAAAUCAUUGUUUACUUAACAUUUGUAACAUUUAUUAGAAAUCCAUAUGUAUCAUUUCACAUAAAGGAAAUAAUUUUUUUUGUAUCUGAAGAAAAACGAUAAAAUUUUACAUGAUUGGAUUAUAUGAAAUGUAAUCUUCUCAGAAAAGAGAAACCUUUUAUGCAAAUUUGCAAGAAUGUGAAAUCAUUUAUUGAUUAUCAAUUUUAUUUCUACUGGAAAAAACUUACUGCAGUAACUAAAAGAGAGACUUUACCUAAUCAUUCACUUUAUAAAAAGUUUGUGCGAAAAAUUUACAUCAAAGGAACUAUUAUAAUUUCGGAAUUUCCUGUUCAUUGAUUCAGUAUAUCCCAUGUUUCAUAAAAUGCAUUAACAUCAAUUAGUAAAUUCAUGAACAUUGCAGUGAUUAUUCAUUUUUUGUAGCAUACGGCAAUGUAAAAGUUUUAAUUAGAUAUAAAUGAUGCUCUCAAUAAAAUUGGAGAUUCCUAGAACUUGUUCAUCUUUUAUCCUGAUUUAGGAAACUACCAUAAACUAUUUUAACAUAAAAUUUGUGUGUAAAUUUUUAUAUGUAGGUUGUAUAAUUUACUACAUACCCCUCCCUACUUAUUCAAAUUUAUUGGUAACACAUUCGGUAUGAAUGAAUAUGCUUAUUUAAUUUAAAAAGCUUUAUGAAUGCAAUGAGAUAAGUUGUGAGGAUAUGUCAUUGUAAGUAUUUGUAAAAGAAAAAAAAUUACUGUUAUAAUUAUAUAUUUAUAUUAAAUUUUAACAUACAUUAAAUUUUAUUUUCUACUCAAAUGCUGAUAUAAAAAUAUUUAGAAUUUAUUAAAAUUUGAAUGAUGAUGAUAAUUUAUAAUGUAAUGAAUUGUUAAUUUGCUUUGUCAAAAUUAUCUUUAAAAAAAUUUGAAGUUUAAUAGAUUGUAUAAAAUUAUGUAAAUGAUUUCAUUUAAAUGAAAUGCUUUUCAUCCAAUUAAAAUCUUUCCAGAAACAAAUAAAUGAAUAAAAUGAUGUUUAUUAGGUUCAGUUAAGAGACAAAAUUAUUAAUACUU